AUGGCGCGACUCGAACCGGACACAAAUUUCAUCUUCGAAACUUCGGAGGACUGUCAGGUCCUGCCGACGUUCGAUUCUAUGGGCUUCAAGGAAGACUUGCUGCGCGGCAUUUACGCGUAUGGCUUCGAGCGCCCGUCUGCGGUGCAACAACGUGCUAUUGUCCCAAUAAUGAAGGGCCGAGACGUGAUUGUACAGAGCCAAUCUGGGACGGGUAAAACGUGCGUCUUCUGCCUCGGUUGUCUCCAGUGUAUAGACCCCAAAGUCCGCGAUCCACAAGCCCUUAUUCUUAGUCCUACCAGAGAACUCGCGGAGCAGUCGCAAAAAGUCUGUUUGGCGCUAGGCGAUUACAUGUCCGUUCAGGUUCACUGCUGUAUUGGAGGGAAGCGCGUGGGAGACGACAUCCGCGCCCUAGAGGCAGGCGUUCACAUCGUGUCUGGCACCCCGGGCCGGGUGUUCCACAUGAUCGCUCAACGCCACUUCAGCACGCGACACAUCAAACUCCUCGUCCUUGAUGAAGCCGAUGAAAUGUUGAACCGCGGCUUCAAAGAGCAAGUCUACGAUAUCUACCGCUACCUCCCACCCUCCACUCAAGUUGUCCUCGUCUCCGCUACUCUACCCCACGAGGUGCUGGAAAUGACAACAAAAUUCAUGGACGAUCCAUUCCGCGUCCUCGUCAAACGUGAUGAAUUGACACUGGAAGGCAUCAAGCAGUUCUUUGUUGCGGUUGAACGCGAGCAAUGGAAGUUCGAUACGUUGACGGAUCUGUACGAUACACUCACUAUCACACAGGCGGUCAUCUUUUGCAACACAAAGGCCAAAGUCGAGUGGUUGGCACAGAAGAUGAAAGAGGCGAACUUCACGGUUAGCCGCAUGCAUGGUGAUAUGCCCCAGCAAGAACGGGACGAGAUUAUGAGGCAGUUUCGAGGAGGCCAGAGCCGCGUCCUCAUCGCCACCGAUGUCUGGGGUCGCGGAUUGGAUGUCCAACAGGUGUCCCUCGUUAUCAACUACGACUUGCCCAACAGUCGUGAACUGUACAUCCACCGCAUCGGGCGCUCCGGUCGUUUCGGCCGCAAGGGUGUUGCUAUCAACUUCGUGAAGAACGACGACAUUCGCAUUCUCCGGGAUAUCGAGCAGUACUACGCCACACAGAUCGACGAAAUGCCGAUGAACGUCGCGGACCUCAUCUAG